AUGACUUCCAACAACACCAUUUCUGUGACGCUGUCGCAGCUCGCCAAGAUGAUCGACCACUCGUUGCUCCAUCCUACCAUGACCGACGCCGACGUCCUAGCCGGCCUGAAGAUCGCCAGAGAAAAUAACGUCGCCACAGCCUGUGUGAAACCCUAUCACAUCCCAAUAGCCAUUCGAGAGUUGGCAGGCACUGAUGUCCAGGUGUGCCCCGUCAUCGGAUUCCCCCACGGCAACAGCACCACCGAGAUCAAAGUCCAAGAAGCCGCCGCUGCCGCCCAAGCUGGUGGUCGCGAAAUCGACAUGGUCGUCAACGUUGGCAAAGCCCUCGGCGAAGACUGGGAGUAUGUCACCCAAGAGAUUGACCAGAUCAAUCGUGCGGUUGUACGCCACGGCGCUAUUCUCAAGGUCAUCUUUGAGAAUGACUACCUCAAAUCCGAGCAUAUCAUCCGGCUGUGCGAGAUUUGCACGAAUCUUGAAGUUGCCUUUGUCAAGACCUCGACAGGUUACGGAUUUGUCAAGCAAGCCGAUGGAUCGUACAAUUAUUUCGGUGCGACGGUGUCGGAUAUCAAGUUGAUGCGUCAACACUCGGGGGCCAAGGUCCAGAUUAAGGCAGCUGGUGGUGUUCGCACUCUGGACGACUUGCUGCACGUCAUGAGCUUGGGUGUUACUCGCAUUGGCGCUACUGCGACAGUGGCUAUUCUGGAAGAAGCGAAGAAGCGUGGGAUUAGUGACGAGCCGGCGACUGUUAGCUUCAAGCCCAUGCAGGAGAAGGUGGGAGGAUAUUGA